AUGGAUGAAAUAAUUGACCCGAUUAUUACAUUAAAAGUAAUUGGUAGCCAAUGGUAUUGGAGUUAUGAAUACUCAGAUAAUUUAGAAUUUUCAGAUGAACCUUUAAUUUUUGAUAGUUAUAUGGUACAAGAAAAUGAUUUAGAAAUAGGACAAUUUAGACUUUUAGAAGUUGAUAAUCGUGUGGUAGUUCCAGUUAACAGUCAUAUUCGUGUAUUAAUUACCGCAUCCGAUGUUUUACAUUCUUGGGCAAUACCUUCAUUAGGUAUAAAAUUAGAUGCGUGUCCAGGCCGUUUAAAUCAAACUUCAAUGUUUAUAAAACGAACAGGUGUUUUUUAUGGACAAUGUAGCGAAAUUUGUGGUGUAAAUCACGGAUUUAUGCCUAUUGUUGUAGAAGCUGUUUCGUUAGAAGAUUAUUUAGCAUGGUUAAAAAAUAAAAUUAAUUUUGAUUUUGAUUUAUAA